GUCACCUGAUUGGGUGGGGGGUUUUGCACUUGAGCGUCUGCAAACUGCGCAUUUGUAUUGAAAUCCGUGUUUGAGGAGGUCGAGCUCAUCAUAUUUACAUUUAGAAUGAAGGAUAUGAAUUAAUGAAUACUCUAAUUAAUCUUACUUUACAAUACAGACAAACAUGCGAGAAGUGCAUAAGUAAUCUUCAAGUCAGCCCAAUAUUUGAAAUGUGUACGUAACCUAGCAUAGUUAUGAAUAUCUGUACUACUGUAUAAAUAUUGUGCAAAGAUUGGAUGUCAAAUAUGUUGUUACUGUUCAAGUUCUCGUUACUGUAACGCUGGCGUAAAAAAUAAUAUUGACAAUGGAAAAAAGGUUUGAGGCGAAAGAGGCCCAAAACUGGCUUAAAUGUAUGAUUGCAACAUAUACGACCAGGGACGUAAUUGCACAAUUAGCCGAACUCGGAUUUAAAGCAUUUUACACGGAUAUACGACAGGAUUUGCUUGCAAAACACGGUAUACUUAAAACAACUACGUGUAGUUCGUGUAUUGAUCCCUCCAAACAGUGUCGGCUGUGUUCAGAAAUAUGUCAUCGCAUUUGGGACUACCAUCGUUUUAAACGAACACAUUUGAAAGGCCCAUCAUGGAGCAAUACGGACAUGACAAUAUGGUGCAGUGAUUCAUGGGAAUUAGCGAAAUGUUACAUGCCUCCCACGGGUUACAAGGAUAAACCAAGUGCUCACAAAACAGAUUUCAACGGGAUAAUUGGUGCUUUAAUCAACUGUACCUGGAUGCAGAAUUACUUUACAGAUGAUCUUAGCCAGAAUACUAAUAUCUGCGUGAAGGCGCGAGAAGAAGUUAACGCACUACGGCACAUACAUGACACAAACAUAGAUGAAGCGGAAAUGAUCAGCCUCUUCGAUUGUCUUUUCAAUCUUCUAAAUGAUCCUUCAUACCUGAACAGCUUUAAACCAGCAGUUGAAGCAAGAACAUACCUUACUAAGCUUCAGAACGAUAAACUGCUAUUGUCCGACACGUUGACAAAAUGCUACGAAGACCUCAAGGAAGAGUUUCGCGGAGAUUUAAUACGAUUCUAUACAACGACGAAAAGUACUGUGUCUGUUUCACCACUACGUCAGGGUCAUGACAAACCUAUCUGGGAUAUCUUUGUGUCACCGAAAUUAAGCCACAUAAAACAACAAAAAGAUGGUUCUCGAAAGAAAACGGAAAACGCAAUAAAACAAUACAGAAACAUAUUUUUUAAAGAUGAAAAGCUGUGUAGUCAUGUGUUUAUUCAAGGAGAGCCCGGUAUAGGGAAAACAACGUUCCUUACUAAACUUGCUCUUGAUUGGUGUGAUGCAGAUUCUGAACACAAUUCUAUUCACAAGGCUUCAUUUAGUGAUAUCGACACACUGAAUGGGUUCAAGUUUAUCUUUCACAUAUCACUGAAAGAUGCACACGUCCAACGUGAGGUGGUAGAGAUGAUUAAAACACAAAUUAUCGACACCAUUUACACUGGUGAUAAACGCGAAGUUGUCUUUCAGCUUGUACACAAAAUCCUUGCACGGGAGACUUGCCUCGUAUCUAUGGAUGGAUUGAACGAGUGGGUUGAUCCUUCUCAUAAAUAUGUUUCACCGUUAAUGGCAAGCUGUUUUACAAAGUGCGUUUCAUUAGUUACUACACGACCAUGGAAAAUGGCGGAUGAGCGAAUCAAGGAUUCUGAGAUUGAAAGACUUAUCGAAAUUGAAGGGAUAACUGAUCCAAGGGAGCUAACGGAGAACAUACUCAUCAGUUUUAACACUGUCAAUCAAAAGUCACAGACUGAGUUCAUGGAAUACGUAAAUGAACGUCAAUUGUUACAGUUUCUUAUUUCACCAUGGUUGCAGACAAUGUUAAUAAGCUUGUGGAUGAACAAUAGCGAGUUUAACGGUUCAUUGUGUGAAUUAAAUUGUAUUCUACUUGACCUUAGUUUUAAAAAAGGGAAUGCAAAAGAAGGAUAUUUCAGAAAAGGAACUUGCUGUCCGUGCUUAUCGAACACAAGCUUUAUUGAACCGCAUUGUGAGAUUUUAGACGCGCUUGCAAAUGCUGCAUUUCAUUUCACGUUUUCUUCACAAAAAUCCCUAGUGUUUUCCAAACGGGAAUUACUGGAUUUUAUGUCCAAAGAGCAACUUCAAUUCUGCCUCGAUGCUGGCCUGUUGACGGUAAUGUUUAAGUCAGAAUUGUUGUUAAAUAGUCCACGAAUGUCAUUUGUACAUGAGACGGUCCAGGAAUUCCUAGCUGCAUAUUAUAUAGCUAUUUCACAGACGGAUGCUUUAGAAAAUUUACUUAGCAAACAUAAAUUUAAUGUGUUAGAAAUGAGCCAGAUAAUUAUAUAUAUGUGCGGGCUUGCUUGUAAGAUAGCUAAUGAACUAAUAAACCGUCUGACUGACGGCGACUUCUUCAAUGACAUCAACCUUGCACUAAGAGGGUAUUUACGACAUUUUCAUAUUGAUAAAUUAGCGGCAUUUAAAACAGAUUAUAAAUCAAUAGAAAACAUUGGAAAAUUUUCAUAUGAUGAGAGGGACUUCGAUUCGCGUAUGUUAGCUGUAUCAUUCUUAUUCCAGCGCAUUAUGAUUACAGGUUUCAUCGAGGCUAAAGCCAGCGGUCAGAAGGAUAUUUGUUUGAAGUGCAGGGACUUUAUGUUCAAUGAAUAUCUCAACGAGUCAGAAUCAAACGCAUUACGUGCACUGUUAAUGUACAACACAUCCAAUGUCAGGACACUUAUUUUAGAAAGUAAUAUAUUGCAAAUAAGCGAAAUACUGAUCGUCCUUCAACAGUCAAGGGAUUGUCUUGAACGUGUUAAGGCCAGAGUUACUCCGGAAAUAUAUAAGGCAUUUUAUAAUUUAAACCUGAAAGAGCUGCAUUUUAUCGGAAGAAUCAACGUAUCUUUAAUAGCUGAUGUGCUUACCUCCCUGUCUAACUUAAAGUAUUUAUACAUAGAAGAUUCAACUUUUCACGAAGAAAUCACUAUCUCUGCCACUUUAAGUAGGUUAGACUUGACGAAAAUUACCUUUACUGUCGAGUUUCUUCGAAGAUUACUAAAACAAUUAUCUUUAUUGAAACACGAUUUUUUUUUAGAAAUGUGCGAUGUGAAUGUCACCGAUUUCAAUAAACACAUUCUUCAAUCAGAACUAUUACCUAUUGACAUGUCAAAUAUCUUCAUACACGUGAAGCAGGGUAACGAUGACCUAUAUGGUUUGCUGAGUUGUUCACCUAUUGUGUACAUGUGGCUUAUGACGUCUGACGAUGCUGCAUUAGCAUCAGAUAUUUUACCCACAUUCAGUAAAUUAAAAAAGCUUGUAUUAUGCGGGACCUUUAUAGGUCGAUGUGAUCUCCAGAUGCCUUCAUCAUUGAACUGUAUCCGUCUUGUGAGAGGUGAAUGCACAUCUGAGUGGCUGUGCAGCUUGUUGAUCAAGCUUUGUGCAUUAGAUCAUCAUAUAAAGUGUGAGCUGUGGAACUUUGUAGAACAAUCGCGUGGAGAAGAUUGCGACGCUGAUUCAAAUAAACAUGGUUCUGACCUGCGUUCUAAACUAUUGGCAUGUGAUAUGUCUAAUAUUGAGAUAGUAGCAGUCAGUGGCAGCAAGGAACUAUUUGAAAUAUUUCGUGACACAAGUAUAGGGAUCCUAGACUUGAGAACUGCUGAUUGUGUUUCACUUGCAUCAGAAAUUCUGCCAACACUCAGUAAAUUAAAAACUCUUCUAUUAUGUGGGAUCUUUGUGAGCCAAUGUGAUCUUCAGCUGCCAGCAUCGUUAGACUGUAUCCGUCUUGUGAGAGGUGAAUGCACAUCUGAGUGGCUGUGCAGCUUGUUGAUCAAGCUUUGUGCAUUAGAUCAUCAUAUAAAGUGUGAGCUGUGGAACUUUGUAGUACAAUCGCGUGGAGAAGAUUGCGACGCUGAUUCAAAUAAACAUGGUUCUGACCUGCGAUCUAAACUAUUGGCAUGUGAUAUGUCUAAUAUUGAGAUAGUAGUAGUCAGUGGCAGCAAGGAACUAUUUGAAAUAUUUCGUGACACAAGUAUAGGGAUCCAUCUGCCUUUAUUGCAUUCGAAUCAUUACUGAUCAGAUGUGCUGCACCGGCGGCGUAUAUUCUGAAAUUAUGAUAUUUGAAUAUACUAGUUGCGGCCAAACUGUGCAGUUCUUUUACAUAGAUGCAUACUUAUUUUUCCAUAACACAGGUAAAUAAAAAUCAUUCAAUAAUUGUAUUGUUUUAAAAUGUAAAUAUAAUUCGUUCAUACUUUUGCACUUAAAAUAUAGUACCCUCCCAGUUUACAUAUGUCUUCAAUUUUAUGUUCAAUACAAACUCAUUCAAAAUUUAAACGUUUCUGUACAGUAAAAAAAAAACUGCAUUGUUUCUUACGUUGUCGUUGUAUUUGUUUUUGCACACAUACAUACUAGUAAUGUUGUUCUUAACAGUUUUGUGCAAAAUAUUAUUUACUUUCAUGUAUUUUAUGUAUAUGUUUUGCAUGACACAUUGUAUCGAUCUAUAUUCAAAUGUGUCAGUUUUCCUUCACAAGGAUCGGGCACAAGGAUCAAUUCAUGCAAGAAAUUGGAAUCGUACAUUUCACUUUAUCAAUAACAAGCAUUGUAUGUAAUGAAUAUUAUCUGAAACCAAAAUUUAUUACAAAACUCUGUAGCUAUGAUGUUCUUAUGUUGUUUUUUUAAAGCAUUAAUGCCGAAAGGAUGCAUCGAGUGACAUAUAAUUCAAUGACUGUAAAUUCAAGUUAAUUGAAUUGUAUAUACGGGUGCAUUUUGCUUUAUUUAUUUUAAAAUUUGUUUUGGUACUUGUGCACAUUAAUUGUGGCAAUGAGAACAUGUUUGUUGUCAUUUAUUUACAUUAAUAUCAUAGUAGGCGGGAUGGCAGUAAACAAACAUGAAAAUAUCCAAAAACAUUUCCGGUGAAAUAUAGUAGGCAUAUCAAAAUAUGUUCCUGCUGAAAAAAAUGUUUAUUUUUGAAUCAAUAUUGUAACAUUAUUUAAGUUGCACAUGUGUCAUUGAAGAUUAAGCCAUUUUCGGUGCGGUUAAAUUAUUGAUCAACACAUCGCUAUUAUCUUUAAACAUAAUUGCAAUAAAUGUAUAUUCUGAAAAAUAUAUAUCGUAGUUCUCAUAAGGUUAUUAAAUACAUGUAGUCAAAUGCAUUGAACAGCUUAAGAAAUCGUUUUCGGAUAGCUAGUAAAAUGCUAUGCAUAUUCGGUGUAUGUAUUCUUUUUUUUUAAUUUUGUUAUUUAUUGUUGUAGUGAAUAGAUGUUAUCAAUGUAUUUCAUAGAGAUUUAUUAAUAAUUGUAGAAACAAAAAUGAGCUCGUUUUGCUUAUUUAGUAAUAGCAACAUGAAAUGCAUUUCUAAAUAACACUUUUCAAAUAAGUAUAUUUGUACAUGCAUUUGUUUGUUGACGCUAUGUAAUUGUAUAUGAUAUUUGAUACUCAGACACUAUGUACACUUCAACACCGUUAUUUCGAAGUCGUCGGGACUGUUAAAAAAACUUCGGAUUAACGAUAAUUCGAAAUAAACAUUUGACAGACGACUUCUUUGAUUCUGUAAUAAUAAAACGUUGUGGAAUUCGCAUGGUUCGGUUACAAGCUACUAUUAAUAAUUGUUUUACUUAAAAACGUAAACUAGUCAGAUGGCAAUAGAUUUCUACGAAGGAAUAAAACGAUUCUUGUUCUUCUUUUUAUGUUUUCUCUAAGUUCAGAACAUAUUAAAUAUAAUGAAUAUGCACUUAUUAUCAGAACAUAUAAAAUAUAACGAAUAGCACACAUUAUCAGACCAUAUUAAAUAUAACGAAUAGCACAAAUUGUCAUACAUGUAAAUACAGAUGAAUACAUUUUCGGAAAUGUAUUAACAUUUUUUUGAAAAAAUGACGCGAUGUCUAUCUGAAGACUGGACUUAGCAGCACUAAACUGGACGCGUGUAACAUAUUUCUCCAAUGUGUCAAGGACAUUAAAGCACUCACUUCAGCUCGUGUUUGCUCGCAAAAGGCAGAGUUUAUAUAAGAUGAAUUUCAUUGGACCACAUUUACUCAGACCAAACGUGACACGUUUAUUUGUUACUAAAGAAUGCUUAACUACAUAAACAGUAAUUAUCGGCUUUUGACGACAUUAUAAAAUUAACGUCUACGCGCAGACGACAAAGGAGUAAUUAUCAACUUUUGACGCGCCACGCCCAGACGACAAAGGUGUGAAAUUUUGCUUAGCGUUUUGCAGCUUUGACUUCGGAUUAAAGAUUGAUGAUUAGGUGCGAAUUAUAUUGUCGGGACCGACAGAAUCACUUCGAAUUAACGAUUUUUUCGGUUUAACGAAGUUCGGAUUAACAAUGAAAUUUUACAUUAAACAAAGAAGAACCAAAUUCGGGACCGAAAAAAUACUUCGAAAUAACGGUGACUUCGGAUUAUCGGUGUUCGAAAUAACGGUGUUGAAUUGAUACUGAACAUCUUUUAUGACAAUACGGUCAAUCUCAACUAUGCAUGGCGCCAUUACCAACCCUGGGACGCCCCGCCCACAUAGGCCACGCCCACCCAAAAUUGCCUUUAACUAUAAGUUCUUCAUUUCUACCAUUUCUACAUCGAUUUACUCGAACAUCUGUUAUGACAAUACAGUCAAUCUCAACUAUGUAAGGCCCCAUUACCAACCCUGGGGCGCCCCGCCAAUAAUAGGCCACACCCAUCCAAAAUUGCCUUUAACUAUAAUUUCUUCAUUUCUACACCGAUUCACUUCUAAUUGAUACUGAACUUCUCUUAUGACAAUACGGUCAAUAUCAACUAUGUAUGGCCCCAUUUCCAACCCUGGGGCACCCCGCCCAUAAUAGGCCAAACCCACAUAGACCACGCCCACCCAAAAUUGCCUUUUACUAUAAUUUCUUCAUUUCUACACCGAUUCACUUCAAAUUGAUACUGAACCUCUCUUAUAACAAUACAGUUAAUCUCAUCUAUGCAUGGUCCCAUUACCAACCCUGGGAAGCCCCGCCCACAUAGGCCACGCCCACCCAAAAUUGCCUCUUACUAUAAUAUCUUCAUUUCUUCACCGAUUCACUUCAAAUUGAUACUAAACCUAUUUAUGACAAUACAUUCAAUCUCAACUAUGCAUGGCGCCAUUACCAACUCUGGGGCGCCCCGCCCACAUAGGCCACGCCCACCCAAAAUUGCCUUUUACUAUAAUUUCUUCAUUUCUACACCGAUUUACUUCAAAUUGAUUCUGAACAUCUCUUAUGACAAUAAGGUCAAUCUCAACUAUGUAUGGCCCCUUUACCAACCCUGGGGCGCCCCGUCCAUAAUAGGCCACACCCACCCAAAAUUGUCCUUUACUAUAAUUCUUUAUUUCUUCACCGAUUCACUUCUAUUUGAUACUGAACUUCUCUUAUGACAAUACGGUCAAUCUCAACUAUGCAUGGACCCAUUACCAACCAUGGGGCGCCCCUGGGUCAAACAUGCGGCGUGGGGAUACGCGUCGGCCUCUGCCGCGCCAUUUCUAGUUUAUAAUGUUGUGAUGUUUACUAUGUUUGUCCUAGAAAUUAAUCAGACCUUAACUGAUUUAUCAUUUGUUUUGCCGCGAAAAACUUAUCACGACUUUUUAUAUUACUGUUUUCGAACAGUUUAUUUUAAUCUACCAUAAUAAAACUACCAAAAGAUAGUGCUACUCAAAACGAUAGUGCUACUCAAAAAGAUAGUGCUACUCAAAAAGAUAGUGCUACUCAAAAAGAUAGUACUACUCAAAAAGAUAGUGCUACUCAAAAAGAUGGUGCUACUCAAAAAGAUAGUGCUACUCAAAAAGAUAGUGCUUCUAAAAAAGAUAGUGCUACUAAAAAGAUACUUAUUUUGUGCGUGGAGUGAUUGUAACAUGAUUUGGUGAAUCAUAGUGUUGUUAUUUUAAACAUAUUACUAUUUUCGACAAGUGAACUUUUUGUCUUAAUAAUUUGACAAGUACAAUCUUACCGUCGGUAAAUGAAUACGGAAUUUACGAAAUGUUUUAUUGUUAGUAUUGGUAAACAUUUAGUUAACCUUGCUCGUGAACUAAAUGAAUAGCAUUUGUAUAACUAUGUAUACUGUAAUGCGACCGAUAUGUGUGAUUCUAUAAUUUAAGUUAUUGUUUAAUGUGUCUACUGUUGGUACUUAUUUUAUCGUCAUGUGCCUCCGUAACAUUCUUCCAUGUGCCUGUCUAUAAUAUAUAUUUUCGUAAACUCUGCCCCCAUUACUCAAAAUGCAUAAAUGAUAUUUUGAUUCAAACUCAUGGCUUAGGAGAAGAGACACUAUAUAGAAUUGGAACUUUGUUAUAUUUUUAUAAUAAUGGGUUAUAAAACUAGACAUUAUUUUCCAAAGAUUUAAUAAUAUAUGUGUCACAAAUACAUGUAAGUGCCAUAAUCAUGUUACAGUGUGUAUUUGAAAUAAUCUAUUUCAAAAGACAAUUGUUACGUAUAUUUGUUUGUAAUUUUGUGUGUAAAGAAUGAGAUCAUAUGCAAACAAAUGAACGGAAAAAUGAGUGCCAUUGAACUAUACGAUAACGUUGGUGCAAUUUACAUGCGAUCUAAACUAUUUGCAUGUGACUUGACUAAUAUCAAUAUAUUUGUUAUGAAUGGCAGCAACGAACUGUUUGAAAUAUUUCGUUUCACAAGUAUAGGAAUCUCGGACCUCAUAACGGCUGAUUGUGUUUCACUAACAUCAAGAAAUUCUGCCCGCACUCAGUAAAUUAGAAAAGAUCCUAUUAUUUUGUUUUCUAAAUUAAAAAAACAUUUAUUGUAAAUGUGCAUGCAUUUUUGUUAACCCCAUAUAUUUUUUUCUAUUAUAAUAGAAAAUCUUGCUUUAACACUAUGUAUUUCGCGCACUCUUGAUUUAAACUCUACGCAUUUCAACCUCUGGUCGUAGAAAUUAACAAGGUCUGGGAAGACUCUACUUAUGUUUACAUGUAUACCGUCGCGAAAAACGUAUCAUGUUUUUGUAUUACGGUUUCCAAACAUUUCAUUUGCAAUUGAUCAUAAUUAAACUAAAAUACGCAUUGGCAAUUCAAAACGGCAUUUCUUUUUUGCGUGAUAUAAUUUAGUGCGAUUUGAUGAAUCGUUGUUUUGUUAAACAUGUGAUUUUUUAAGGCAAUCGAACUUUUUUCUUACAAACUUGACAAGUUUAAACAUUUAAUUUGGUUUAUGAAUAAUACAUUGUACGAACUAUUUUCAUGUAACUUUUAAAAGCAGUAAGUUUAAUGGUACAGUUGUAGUGAACUUAAUGUAUAGCAUAGGUUUAUAACAACGUAAUGUAUACUAUUAAGCGAUAUGUGUUUGUUUUCCCAUACAUAGUUAAUUUUAGUCUUUGUUUUACGUCUAUUUUUACGUGUUAUUUGUAUAUCGUCCUGUAUGUCCAUUACGUUAUUUCAUGAGUUCGUCUAUUAAGAAGCAUGUUCGUUAACUUCAGCCAUGGCACUAAAUGCUUACAUGCAAUAAAAAUGAAAACUAGUGGCGUAAAAGAACAAACAUCGUAAAGUUUUGAGUUUUCUUUAUGUGUUUGUACUUCAUAGCAUUAAACAAAUAUGACAUGUAUAUUCUAAAGUAUUAAUAACAUAUGCGUUAGAAUUAACAUUUAAAAAGGUGUAUUCACUUUUGUUUGUUCGAAAUUGUAUUGAAUUUCGAUAGAGUUAAAAUAUGUUUUCUUGAGAAUACAUGUACAUGUAUAUAAUAAUUGUUGCUGUUUUAUUGAUGUUAAUAAUAUAUAUCAUUUGUUUCUAUAAUGUAUAGAGUGGACGGUAUGUUUUACUCCUCUAAAUAUAGAAAAUGUAGAAUAUAUCAUACACGUGUAAUUUGAAUAUACAUAGUCAUUGAAUCACGAAAUUGUGUAACUUCUCCAGAAUAUGUUUAAAAUAUUAAUGUUAAAAUAUCGAAAUAAUUGUGUAACUUGAUCAUUGCGAAUUUAUGUAUUGAUUAGUUUCUGAUAACCACAGUGUUUUUGUUUUAAAAUGCUGUUAUUAUUGAAUGCAAGUAUGCAGCGUGAAAAUAAUACACGUCAUGGUUAUAAUUCGUGUAAUAUUGACGGACUGUUUUCUCAUAAAAUUCACAAAUUUCAAUUUGGCUAGCGUAAAAAAUGCCUUGCACCUGCAUUUUUAAGUUAUGAUGUACGGGAUGAAUAUUUCAAUUCCAUGCAUUAUUACAGCAUCACAGAAACCUUAGACAAAAUGCCCACCUAGUUUGUAAUAUACUAGUACGUAUCAUUUUUUCUAUAAUUAUAUAAUGAUGUAUUUGUUCUAUACGUGAAAUAAAUACGUUUAUGUUUAAA